GCGAUAUGGAACGCGAAGACCACCAUAACUCAAAACAAAUUUUUUCACGACAGCCUCAAGACGUAUUGUCCAGAUAUGCUUCAGAAGUUUCCGGACUGCGCCAAGUUUUCGAACGACGAGGACCCGGAGCACCGAGGCUACCUAUUGGCGUGUGUGGUCGAUCACAAGGACAACAUCACCGUAGGCCAGUGCGCCUCUUACGUCAGAUGGGUCGCAUCGCUGAUGUUUACCGACUUCCUUCUGAUCGGCCGGUUCGUGAACAAAUGUUCGAACGACAUCAUCCGGCUGAAGUGCGGCCAGUUCGACAACACCCGCAAACUGGUUCGGGACAGGCCGCAUUCGCAAGGCAGUACCAUGGAAUGUCUGCUGCGCAAGAUGGUCGAGGACCCAGCCGGAUACAAGUCAAUAUCCUCUGAAUGCCAUAAAGAGAUCUUAAGGACUGCCGAGUUACAGUCCGAUGAUUUUCACUUGGAUCGACCGCUGUUCUUCGCUUGUCGUGACGACCGCGAGCGGUUUUGCCCGGACGUGAUAUCGGGCAACGGUCGCGUCAUGCAGUGUUUGAUCGAACAUCGCCAAGACACGAGAAUGAGCGAGGAAUGCGCCAAAGAACUGCUUCUGCGGGAGCAUAUGAUGGCCAUGGACUUCCGUAUAUCGCAUCCGUUGCUGACUGCUUGCGGACCGGACAUCGCCGCUCACCACUGCAUGGUCGACGAACAACACCCUGAGUACCUGAAGUUGACUCGGGUUCUGUUGUGCUUGGAGAACGUCGUGCACAGCGGAGGCAGACUCGGUAGAAACUGUGAAAUACAGACGCUGCAACACCGACAGAUGCUGUUGUCUGACUACCGAAUCGACCCGGAGAUCAUCGACGCCUGUUCCGCCGACAUUGCUAAGCACUGUCAGAACAGCUUGGAGGGCGGAGGUCGAACGUUGCACUGUUUGAUGGGCGCCGCAAAAUCCGGCCAUAGUAACCUGUCGCCGACGUGCUUUCAGGCGAUAGCUGCGUUGCUGAAGGUUUCCGACGUAUCGUCGGAUUAUCGAGUGGAUGCCGUGCUGUACAACGACUGUAAGAGUGUCAUCGAUGGCGUGUGUCGUCAUCAGAUAUCGUCUGAAGACCAGAUGUUGUCCUGCUUGAUGAAAAAUGGAUAUUCUCCGGAAAUGUCACCGGCUUGCAAGGAUCGGUUGUUCGAAAUUCAGUUUUUUUUGUCAAGAAGUUUCAGCCUCGAUGCGCAGUUGUACGCGGCCUGCCACUUGGAUGCCGUCGACAAGUGCCACGCGAAAAAAGAGUGGGCCGAUCUGUCAACCGCAGGUAACACAGGCCCUGAACCGGGCCAUUUGGUUCUCAGUUGCCUUUACCGUCACGCCUACGAUGACUCAGAAGCGUCAAAGUUGACUCCACGGUGCGUGGAAGAAGUUCGCAGAGUGCUACGAGAACGAGCUGUAAGCGUCAACCUCCUGCCGGAGAUCAUGGAUGUGUGUUUCAACGAUCUGGCACAAAAAUGUUCAGCUCGAACUGGAGCCGGAGAGGAGUUCAUGUGUCUUCAGUCAAAUCAACUGACGUUGUCGCCUGCCUGCCGUGAUGCGGUAAUACGAUAUACGGAGAUGGAGUCGCGAGAUUUUCGAAUCAACCAGGCGCUUGUCAAAGGGUGUGCCCCGGUGAUCAGCACCUAUUGUCGAGAGCACGCCCAGAAAGGCAUAGACAACGGUGACGUUACUUCUUGCCUUUUGCAGCACAAGGGUGUUCAGGAAAUGACGCAUGCCUGUCGAAGUUAUCUUACUCAUUUGGAGCUGAUAUCCAUGGACGACUAUCGCUUUACGUAUAAAUUCAGACGUUUCUGUCAUAACGACGUACAAACUCACUGUGCGGGCGACGAGCGAAGGGAUAGGGCUUAUAUCGUUGAAUGCUUGAGCAAAAUCAUGGUAGAAGACACCUUAUUGGACGAAACUCCACGCAUAUCGAAAGAGUGCCGCAAACAACUUCGCGCCGAGUACUUCAUGAUGGAAAUGGCGGAGAAGGAAACAGAUCCUCACUUAAACGGGCUCUGUAAGGCCGAUAUCAGCGCUCACGGCUGUAACGUUUACGACACGACAUCGGAAAUCAUCGAGUGCUUGAAAUCGAAGAAGUUUGACCUCGAACCUGCAUGCAGGAAGUACAUUUUCAAAAAGGAGAAAAUUGAGUUUCUAGACAAUACGUUCGACGUGAUGAUCCAGAAAACUUGUGCUAACGAAAUACAAUUCUUCUGUUCGAUGACCGAUCCAAAGCGCGUGUUGCAUUGUCUGAAAUCACACAAAAGGAGCCCGAAGAUGUCUGAUGAAUGCCUACAGCUGAUUCGUCGCCGUCAGCUUGAGCAGGCGUCCGAUUUUCGACUCCAUCCGACCUUAUACAAAGUCUGCUUGGACGACAUCAAGACCUACUGCCUCACGGAGUACAACUCUAUCAUGAAUGCCCCUGAAGACGAAGCACACGCAGAAGUCAUUUCUUGCUUGAGGCGAACAAUCGCUGAUCGUGGUCGUAAAAAAGCCAUGCUUGCCCAAUCUUGCCAAAAUGAAGUGAGGGAUUUGAUCUACGAUUCGGAAGUAGAUCCUCAGUUGGACCGCCCGUUCUAUGAUUCGUGCAAGAAAGAUAUCAAAAUUCUUUGUUCCGAAUCCAUUAUCUUGCGGAAGGGCCAUGAAAGUAUUCUGGAGUGUAUGAAAGUUCAUUUCACUGAAGGCCGUAUCAUCGAUAAGCGCUGUGCAAAGGAGUUGGCGAGGAAAUCAAACGAGGAGCUGAUAGAUAUUCAUUUGGACCCGAUGCUGAAUUCCGCCUGUGCGAUGGACGUUAAGCGUUACUGUAACGAUGUCCCAUCGGGCGACGUGAAUAUUUUGACAUGUUUGCUGUCGGCCAGUCGCAGCUCAAAUGUACAGAUGUCGAUCGAGUGUAAAAAGAAGCUUACCGACAGGGAGCGUCUCUGGCAAAAGGCAGUGAGCGUAAGCACAACCAUUGGUUUUUCUGUUACAUGUUAUCUUAUGAAUAAUAUAUAUAGAGUAUGGAAAUAUUUUAAAACCCUUCUUACUUUGGAAACUUUCCCUGGCAUCUAAUA